AUGAAGAAAACUUUAACGCGAUCAUACGUAACGGUGGAAGAGCUGGACGCGCUCGCUCGAGAGCGACUGGCGACGCAUUACGCGUUAGAAACGGCCAGAUUUUCGUUCGCGUCGGAGGAUGUUCGAAAUGAAAUCGUGCUUUCGUUGCAUCAUCGUUCAAAGUCUUCGUCGUUGUCGUUGUCUUCUUCUUCUUUUAAUGGUGGUGAAAAUGAUGAGAAGGAUGAUGUCGAUGGAAAGAAUGCUCGCGAAAACGACGAAGCGUUUAAGAGAAAAGAUGCCUUGUCGAGGAAGACUUUGAAAAUCGCCCUGUGCGAUUCGUCGAGAAUGAUGCGAGAGUGGUUGAAAGCGAGGGAGGUGGAUUUGUUCGAAGAACGGGUGAGAUUAAACGCGGUUCGAGGAUUGCCCGAGGAAGUUGACUUUGAAGACGGCGUUCUUUUCGACGAAGAAAAAGAAGUCAAAGAACACGAAGAAGAAGAGAAGGAAAGAUGUUAUUGGUUUCCGUUCGAAAAGUGUCGACGACUGAUACGCGCGCGGAAAGUAACGAUUAUGAAGAGAGGUCAGUGUUUGGUUCGAGAGAGACUGGUGCCGUACGUUUGGUUCGCGGCGUACGAGGACUAUUUAGAGGAAGAUUUAGAACGCGCGUUUCGAGAGAAGCGGUUCGCGUUGGCAAAUAACGCCUUCGAUGUGGGUUUAAAAGACGUUUGCGACCGGUUGAAAGUGUGGAGACCGGACGUGGACGAGGAGGACGGGGGCGAGGUUCACCCGUUGAUGGCGCUCGCGACGAAACAUUUACUGGAAAGGAACAAAAUUUUAAUGAAGAAUGCGACCGCUGGGAAUAAGAAGAAUUUGAAAUACGGUGGCACCGAGAACUGGGGAGUCGUCCGAAGGGACUCGAGAAGAAAGAAGCAAAGAUUAGGUGGCGGCGGUGGGAUAAUGUUAGAAUACGAAGACGAAAACGGGAAAAUGAAAACGUACCACUCGAGAAAACCAUCGAAAGAGUUGAAACGUUCGUUGAAAGUUAUCAAAGAAGGCGCCACUGGAGCGCACGCGAAAGUGUUUCCGCCGUGCAUGAGAGACGUCAUGGACGAGUUGCACGUGAAAAAACAUCUUCGACAUUUCAAACGGUACGAGCUGAACUUGUUUUUAAAAGGUAUCGGUUUACCUCUGGAAGAAAUAUUCAAAGUCUGGCGCUCCGCGGUGUUCCCUCACGGCGCCAUGGGCAACUACCAAAACGAACACACGUAUCAACUGAGACACGUUUUUGGUUUAGAAGGCCAAAUGAAAGAAAAGUUCGAACACGAUUGCGAAAAGUUGAUUAAAACGUCUCAAAUGGAACCGCACGCGGCGAAAUGUCCAUUCGCGAUGCCUUUGAACCAGUAUCGAGCGUUAAACGCGAACGACCAUCGAUGGAAGCGAGAGAUUUCCAUAGACGCGAACCAAGAGAUUGAGAUGAAAGUUUCCAGAGGCGAUUAUAAGUCGGCGUGCGAAUCGUACUUUUCGCACAAACACAAAGGUGAAAAGAUGUUCAACGCGAACGUUCGGUACCCGACGGAUUUCUUCGACGCCGGGAUGGAAAUUGAAGAUUGGUUUCGAGACGCGAAAGAGGAGAGAUUAAAGCAGCUAAACGCUUCGAAAAAAGAGAACUUAGAGGAUGAAAGUUUUCAAAUCGAAAAGGAAAAGAACACGACGACACUUCUAGCAAUAAAAGACGACCCCGAUUUAAUGAUUGAAUCUUCUUCCUCGGACGACGAUUCGGAUAUCGACGACGGUGAAAACAAUCCAAAUCGAUUCCGAGGCGAAUUGAUUGUUAGCGAUAGCGACGAUUAG